AUGGCCCGCUCCCGGAGCCCUUCACGCCCUUCAGCACGUUCGGCGCAGCCCUCGGUGGCCUUCGUCACCUUGGCCUCGGCGGAGUAUGGACCGGGCGCGUUGGUGUUGACCGCAGGUCUUCGGCGUCGCUUGCCGCUGGAUGUGGAGGUUAUUGCCUUUAGCGAGGCCGAGCUCUCGCUGGUGCCAGGGGUGACCUUGAGAGCCUUAUCGGAACUGCCAGAUGUACCUGUACCUGCUGGCGUGGGGGAGCCUUUGAUGGCGAAUUUCAGCUUUUGCUGGAGGAAGCUUGGCCUGUGGGCACUGACGGAAUAUGACAUCAUUGUCUACAUGGAUUCGGACAUUUUGAUUUUGAAUGAGGUAGAGUCUUUGCUUGAGUUUGUUCCUUCACGAGGGAUGUUGGCCGCAGUGCCUGCUUGCGAAUGUUGGAGAAGUGAAUCAUGCAAUUACACAGCCCAAGAAGCUGGUGGCGGUGACUUCUACUUCAAUGCUGGGGUGCUCGUUUUUCGCCCUAGUGCAUCGAUUUUCUCGGAGAUGAUAGCUUGGCUCAAGGAUCACCACCAACAUGGAGCUGUGUCUGAGGUCUUGCCGCCCAUGCCCUUUGCUGAGCAGGAUUUUUUGAAUCAAUUUUUUCCGGAAGAAGGUGCGCAGGUUCAUGAAGAACUUCCACUCUUCUUGGUGCGAGACUACAUCAGCCGAGAGGUGGAAGGAUCGUUGGUGUCUCUGAUCUAUGGGGACUUCCUCAAAGAUCGCUGGAUCCAGCUGAGGAAUCGUGCUCUGCUGUGCUUAGGAGGUGUUCCCCAUCCGGAGGGUGCCAUUUGUGAGGACUUGCCCGUGGAAAUCGCCGAGCUUGGACGUGGGCUAGUUGAUGCUGGUGGGAUGUCUAGCGUUCCAGACCAGUGCCUAAUCAAUCAAUACCUUCCUGGACAGGGCAUUGACGCUCACAGUGAUGGCCCGAGAUUCGAAUCAGAAGUGGCCAUUCUCACUUUGGAAGGCCCUGCCCUCAUGUAUUUCGGCCUAGUGGAAAAGAAGAUCUAUCCAUCUCUCCCCCCACGCUUGGAGCUGCUCUUGGAACCCCGUUCCUUGCUGGUCCUCAAGCGUGAAGCUUAUGAGCUCUAUGUCCACCGGAUCGAUCAUGUCACGGUGGAUGUGACUCAAACGGGCCACUCGUUUCGGGUUACGAAAGGCUUUUGGUCUUGUCUUUUCGCACGCGAGCCUGGCAGCUGCGCCUUCGUGGGCGGGGCGUUCGCCUGCCUUGGCUCCUUCGCGGGCGGCUUGGUGAAAAAAAUCCCCCGCGCUCCUCGUCGCACCUCUUUGACCCUGCGGCGCUUAAAGCACGUCCAGCUGAGGAGUGAGGAGGUGAAGGACGAAGUAGCACGUAGCGCCAAGAUGGAACAAUGGAGAUGGUGGAACUCACAGAUUAGUGAGAUUGACUAG